AUGACCUCUAAGGGAGACUCUAAACGUCCAGCUGUUCUUGAGGGCAGUAGUCGCAGUCCGCUGGAUCAGCUUCAACCACCGGUCAACACCAACAAACCGCUGACGCCUUUCAGCAUAGAUGACAUUCUCAACAAACCGUCUGUGAAAAGGAGCUACUUUCUCAGCGGAGAGAAGUUGCCUUCGGCUUGUCACGGCGUGUCCGGCCGGGUGCUGCUCAGUCAAACCUCCCCGCUCUGCGCGCUGGAGGAGCUGGCCAGCAAAACCUUUGAAGGCCUGGAGGUCAGCGUCCUGCAGGCUGCUGAAGGCAGAGACGGGCUAACCCUAUUCGGUCAGAGAAACACCCCUAAAAAACGGCGGAAAUCCCGCACGGCCUUUACCAACCACCAAAUAUAUGAGCUGGAGAAACGUUUUCUGUACCAGAAGUACUUGAGCCCAGCGGACCGGGACCAGAUGGCUCAGCAGCUUGGUCUGACCAACGCACAGGUCAUCACAUGGUUCCAGAACCGCCGGGCUAAGCUUAAGCGGGACUUGGAGGAGAUGAAAGCAGACGUGGAGUCCGCCAAGGCCGCCGGCGCUGUGGCCUUUGAAAAGCUCUCCAAGCUGGCUGAGCUGGAGAAGUCCGCGGCGGCGGCGGGAGGUAUGGGUGAGGGGACGAUUUCUGGGCCGGGCCAAACCGAGCAACACCAGAUCUCUUCCAGAUUCCACACCAUCGACACCCUAGACCCGCUGCAUUUAUUACCUCCAUCACCUGCAUCGACUGACCACCAAGUGUUGCUUGGAUGA